AUGGAUAUCCGCACCCUAACGGAGGAUCCAACACAGCAGAUACCGUCAACAACAUCAGCAACGGGGACAAACAUACCCCAAUCACGGCAGAUGGAACACACACAGCCUGAAUUGGUGCCCAAUAACGAAAGCUAUGUCAAUGCUACGCCACAACCACGCCCUACCUCUACAUCGUCCACAGGAAAUGACAAUACCAGUAACCAAGGAACCACACAAUCGCCGUCUCCAUUACCCCAGGUCCAAUCCACACAAAGUACUCACACCAAUACCGAUGAAAAUAUCAGCAGCUACAAUUAUGAUCACGAUGCACACAAUUUGAACAAGCCGAAAAGGCAAAGGCGCAGCUACAGUUGUGGCCCUUGCAAGAUGCUCAAGAUCAAGUGUGACUUACAGAUCCCUUGCACCUCAUGCAAGAAAUUCAAGCGUGUCAAUAGAUGUUUGUUGCAGCCCCCACAACCACCUUCGCAAGAGGAGCUCAGCAAGAUUAAAGAGCGAAAGAAAAGAACGAUGCACAAGAGGUUGAAAACGUCCAAUGACAUUGUGCAUGCCUUCCAUGAUGAUCAAAACUCCAUUCCAUCGUUGCUUUCAUCGAUAAACUCCAGCUCGAAGCUCAUGGACCAACACCAAAGAUCAUUCCUCGAUCAAAGCGUACAGGCGCAGCGUGGCAACAACGACAACUAUGCAUCAACACUCACAAGACAAUCGCAAUAUUCCAACUUGCAACCAGAAACCAAUAACGAAACCCCAGCACACCCUAUAACGCAUAUUACUUCAAAUUUUGACGACCAAGUACAGCCAAGAUUGUUUACCGAGAACCAAAAACCGCAGGGCGAUUUGCUCAAUACAUUGCUAUACCAGGACUACCAAAAAAUAGUUGAAUUGAGCAUGGUUGAUGUGAAAAGAAUCAAGAGGUUGUUGCCUAGCAAGUUCGAAGCAAUUGAACGUCUUUACCAGUUAUAUAUCAACACAAUUAACUCUGUUUUUUUGGAUACACAAGAUCAUGACGAGAUCAUGCGAGUGGGCCGGUUGGUGUAUGAGAAAUUGGUGUCGAUUGAUGAUGAAAAUGUCAGAAAUUUAAGUAAAAGCAUCGAGUUCAACGUUGUUGAGUUGAGAAAUUUGUCAUUAAUGUUUCUUAUAUUAGCAAGUGGGUUUUUGUUUGAGAAUAUGGAGAAUGUUUCAUGCAACUUCUUGUUUGACUUGAGAACCAUUUAUAAAGCCGACUUGAUUGAGGACUGGGUCAAAAUUGCCAAGUUUAUCAAGUUGAGAUUGUUGUCGUAUGAGUCUUUAACGGACUUGAUAUACUUGAUGGACUGGUAUCUUAUUAUAAAGAAUUUGUACACGUAUGACAACCAGAUUAUCGAAAAUUAUUUGGAAUUCAAUAGUUUGUUGAACUAUCUCGUGUUGAAUAAUGGUUUUAUUGAAUUGAUGGAAGACACUGGGGGAGAGACUACUGUUAAUGACGGCACGCCACAACCUCAGGGUGACGAUGAAACAGGACGGAGAUCAUAUCCUACAUCUAGAGAGUUCCGUGUACUUGGAAAAUACUGGAUACAACUUAGAAUGAUUGAUUUGGAGUUUACCUUUUUCCAGUACAAGGGUUCCAUGUUGGUGUCUAAUCAGUUGAAAAACUCAAUUGUCCCACAUAAGGACGUUUUAGAAAGCAUGUACGGUCCCAAGGGCGAGUUGGCCAAUUCUUCUUUAACCAAACACCAGGUGGCAGUGUGGAGUCUCUACUACACCAGAUCUGGUCAAUCAACAUCAAUAAGACGUAUCGUGCAAGACUAUUUGGAGUUAUAUAGUAAUGCGUCUUUUCUACUCAAAGAUGACUUGGCAGAGGUUGAGACCAAAUUUUGCAAAACUGGUGAACAAACUGCAGUACCUCAAGUUACUAUCCAAGACGUGGAACUCUUGUUGAAGAAUCAACAAAUCUUGCUUUUGUUUGUUCGAUGGUUAUCAUUUAUUCGUAUCGAAUCCAACUACUUUCCAAGUUUAAGGUACUCAUCAUUUUUAACCACAAUGAUGAAUUUAAACAACCACUUCAAUUUGCUUGACAAAUACUACAAAGCUGAAAAUUCGGGAGAGAACUUGGUUGAUUAUAUUCUCCGAAACUUUUCCUUACACUUUAUAAAGGCAUUUUUCCAAUGCUUAACUUACCAGUCGUUGUUUUUGAUAUUUUUAAAAUAUGCACUAGUACGGUACUCAAAAAGAGCUACAUUCAAGAUCCGUUUGGACGAGGUAUACCCGCAUGUCCUCAAUUCAUUUCAAACGACUUUGAGUAAAUUUAUCACCAGUCCUAAGAUCAAGGAAUAUCACACUCAUAUCGCUCAAUUUGUUGUCAAUAUCAAUUUCCUAAUCGAUGCAAACCAUAUUUUAAACGAGGAAACAACCGAGUUUGAGCGGCAAGGUAAGGACUCUACAACUCAACACAAACCCCUACUCGAGUUUCAAAAUUUGGCAGAUUUGCUUCGCCAAUUAAAACAGGAGUUUGAUCCAGGCCAAUGGGAGUUUAUCACCGAUGUUUAUUUUGGCUCUAGAGACAACUUCUUCCGAUACGUGGAAAAAGAGUGGGAUUUGUUUCAAUUUUUGUUGAGCAGUGAUGCAACUCCCGGCGAUGGACCCGGAGCACACUUGACUAAAGAUAUGGUGAUUACAAAUCGGUUACGCUUCAAUGAUGAAUUUGUCAACUUUCACAAGGGUAAAUUGAUGGGGUUAGUGUUUGACAAUAACGAUGUCAGGGAGUACAUGAAACUCAAUGUUGAACCCAAUAUCGACGAUUAA